AUGGAUACAUUGCUCAAAAUAUAUUACAUUUUUCAGGUGGAUCUACAAUAUCAACUAGCGACAGACUACUCGUAUACAAUUUCCUGUCUUUUUGCUGGAAUUUUCAUAGCUGAUGAUUCAAGCGAUUCGCGGUAUGUAGAAGAUCAUGUCGCCAACGAUGCAGGAGAAGCGGAUGGUGACUACAUAAUAAAUGAUUUCGCUAGAUGGGCAGAGGCUUCAAUACGUCAUUUUAAUUAUGACCAUGCUGCUUUGCUUACAGGGCGCGGUAUGGGAUAUAUGAAGAUGGUAAAUUCCCAAAAGUGGUCUUCUAUUAGGUAUACACACUAA